AUGUGGCGUUCUGUUGUUACAUGUGUACCUGUUCAAAUAAAACCAAUAUCAAAACGAAGUCAAUAUGCUAUUGAAGAUUUACAAGCAUUACAACAAGAACAAUUAUUUCAAGAUUCAACAGGUUAUAAUCGACAAGUAUUACCAAAUAUUCGACCAAUACCAAAAUCAAAAUUUGUUUAUAAAGGUUUAGCAUAUAAAGAAGUUCAAAAGAUUCCUGGUAUUAUAGAUGAUAAUAAUGAUGAUCAUAAUACAGAUCUAUUUAAAAAACCAUUAAUUGAUUAUAAUCUUGCUCAAGCUUAUGUUCGAUAUGAAGUUAAUGCAUCACGAACAAAACAAAUUCCCCGACAACCACCAUCAUCAAUAAUAACAACAGCAGCAACUUCAAAAAUACAUAUAAAAGAUCAACAACUUAUGAAAAAUCAAACAUCACUUGAUUUACGUGAAAUGAGAAAACGUAUUGUUAAAGGUACAACUCUUAGUUAUCGUCCUGCACCACAAUCAGCAUCAUGGACACCAGGUCGAGCUGAUAAUAAAUCAUCAUUAGGCUCCGAGGUACUUUUACCUGCACGUAUUGUAAGCACAGUAAAUAAUGCACCUAUAUCAUCACCACCUCUUGCAUUGACAUCACCAUUACAAAAAAGUACUACUAAUACAAAUUGUCGUCCAUCAACAUCAAAAUCAUCUAUUCCACAAAAACAAACAACUGUAGUUGAAAUGCCAAUUUUAACUAAAUAUGUUAAUCGACCACGAAGUAUCACACGUCGAACACCAUCACUCGAACUAGUUGCUAAUGAACCAUAA